GAACGGAGCAGAACAGAUCGGCUCUGUGUUUACGUUGAGAUGCUUACAACAAAGGACAGCGCACCGCGGAGAGUCUGUCAUUUAUAAGACAACACUGCACAUCUAGUGCUACGGUUAACAUUUCUAACUCCCGACUUCAGAAAGAGGAGGACACAUACCUUUAUUUGCUUUUUUUUUUUGCUUUUUUUACGUGGAGUGGGUCUUGCUUUUCUCUUGAAGUAUCCAGUCCUGAAGGGAGAAAUUAAGACGAAAUUUCCUUUUUUUUAAGCCGGUGGAGCGUAAGCUAGCUUGCUAGCCUCGGCAAGUUGGGAAGCCAGGCACCAGCUGGUGGAGAAGCUAGCAGCCCUGUCAGCCACAUCGAAGACAACAAAAGGUCUUCAUCAUUCAUAUCGCAGACAAGUGGCACUGCUGCUGCGAGAGACGGGCUCAUGAAGCAUGAGAGGGUGGAGCUGAGGCUCAGCUGACCCUUCCCCUUCCUUCUCCUCCUUUACCCCCUGCUUCAUUCGAUCAGCACCUUCCCCCCUCCUUUCCCUUCCUGUCCUCCUCGCCCUGUUCGGAUCUCACCAAUCUUGCCUCCCCUCCUUGUGGAAGCUCGAAUGGAGCCCUACCCAAUGUACUCCCCAGAGCAGGAAAACAUCUCCACCACCUCCUCCACCAAAGUGCCAGUGAAGUACGGAGAGCUCAUUGUGCUGGGGUACAAUGGUUCUUUGCCCAACGGGGACCGUGGCCGACGUAAAAGCCGUUUUGCACUUUGUAAGAGACCGAAAGCAAACGGGGUGAAACCCAGCACAGUCCAUGUCGCCUGCUCUCCACAGGCAGCCAAGGCCAUAAGCAACAAAGACCAGCACAGCAUCUCUUACACUCUGUCUCGAGCGCAGACGGUGGUGGUGGAGUACACCCAUGACAGCAAUACGGAUAUGUUCCAGAUUGGUCGAUCAACAGAGAGUCCCAUAGACUUUGUAGUGACGGACACAGUGGCAGGAAGCCAGAGCAACGCAGACACCCAGUCGGUCCAGAGCACUAUUUCCCGUUUCGCCUGCCGCAUUAAGUGCCAGCGCACGCCGCCUUACACCGCACGCAUCUACGCCGCAGGCUUCGACUCCUCCAAAAACAUCUUCCUCGGGGAGAAAGCUGCUAAAUGGAAGACUUUUGAUGGUCAAAUGGACGGGCUGACCACUAACGGCGUGCUGGUGAUGCAUCCACGAAACGGUUUCACCCAAGACUCCAAACCAGGCGUCUGGAGGGAGAUCUCGGUCUGCGGCAACGUCUUCACCCUACGGGAGACCCGCUCGGCGCAGCAACGGGGAAAGAUGGUGGAGACUGAGAGUCAGGAGCUGGUUGACGGCUCUCUCAUCGACCUCUGUGGUGCGACCCUCCUGUGGCGCACGGCUGAAGGCCUCUCUCGCACUCCCACCCUCAAACACCUGGAGGCACUGCGGCAGGAGAUCAACGCAGCCCGGCCGCAGUGUCCUGUUGGCUUCAACACACUGGCCUUCCCCUCAAUGCGACGCAAGGACACGCCAGACGAGAAGCAGCCCUGGGUCUACCUCCAGUGCGGCCACGUGCAUGGCUACCACAACUGGGGCAACCACCGCGAGGAGAGGGAGGGCCGCGAGGGACGACUUCGCGAGUGUCCCAUGUGCCGAGCAAAAGGGCCGUACGUGCCACUGUGGCUGGGCUGCGAGGCAGGGUUUUACGUCGACGCCGCCCCGCCCACUCACGCCUUUAACCCCUGCGGCCAUGUUUGUUCGGAGAAGACAGCAGCCUUCUGGAGUCAGAUCCCUCUGCCGCACGGCACACACACCUUCCACGCUGCCUGCCCAUUCUGCGCGCAGCAGCUGACUGGUGAGCAGGGCUACGUCAGACUCAUCUUCCAGGGACCGCUAGACUAGCAGGGCCAGCGUCCCGGCAUCCUUUGGUGGAAGCAAAGCAGGGGGGAUUUCUUUGUCUGGACCUGCAAUGAAAAACUGGGCGCUCCCUCAGAUUUGCUUUUUCCCCCUCUGCAGUUAAGAUAAAAACAACUCUUUUCUGGACCUUUUGUCUCUUUCUCAUAUUUAAGUGACCUUUGUAUUGCUUUUUCAUGAAUGACAACAAAGAUUUCUAUAUUUUCAUGUGAAACCAGAGACACAAAAAACCAAACAAAGAACACUGCUGGGUAAACCUUUUGUUUGUUCCUCAGAAAGAACUUUCAACAACAGUAUUUUUAAAAAAACAACAACAUACCGUAGCGCAAACAAACGGUUUUUACUCAUGUUUAUUGUUGCAAUAUACAUCUGUGUACAUCUCUUAGAGCUAAUUAUAAACAAAGAUGUUUAUUUAUGGCCUGGGAACCAUCGCUUCAUCCUUUAUCUGUCAGAUACUUCAAUACUAUUUAGCAUUUAAAUUUGAAAACACAGUAUAUUGUUGAUCAGAGAUACAUUUCUAGGUGUGUUCUGAGGGUUUUGUUCUGUGUCUCCCCCACCGCCCUCACACCCACCCACCAUGUAAACCUCUCAGAACUAUUUGUUGUAUUUAUUCGUCCCCUGUGCUCUCACUAAGUGUGUUAACCCCUCAGUUAUUUGUUUUCCACUCAAUAGGCAUUACAACAGCCUUUUCACAUUCAAAGCAAUAGAUUUUUGAACAGACACCUCCUAAAGCAUUAUGGGAAACUGAGUCUUAAAGUCCUGUUUGUGUAACACUCAGACAGCAUGAGUGACGCUCCCUCCCUUUAAAGUGAAAUGAUUCUGUGGGUGAGUGAGUCUUUUCUGAUAAUUGGUCAGCCAUGAUACCCCAGCAAUGUAGCUAAUGUAUACACACACACACACACACACACACACACACACACACACACACACACACACACACACACACACACACACACACACACACACACAGUUUAACCAGACCAGGUCAAAUACAUUUAUGAAAUGUAAGUGAAGUCGGGUUUAUUCUGCCUGCUGUGAUGUUUGAGUCCCACUGGCACAGAAACCAUGAUCAUUUAGCCAGUUACAGUAUUCUUACCAGUAUUCAAUUUUGCAUUAAGCUGAGUAAUUAAAACUUUUGGCUGCUUAGAAAAACCUUCCUGUCUGUUUAAAUUGAAAAUAAAUUAAACUCCAGUCUGUUUUGUAAGAUUCUGUAGUGGAGAGUCCCCUGGGAGUGAUGUUUUUUAUUAUGGUUUAUGUAAUAGGGACUGUUCGUUGAGCCAUAACCAGUGGGAAAAGGUAAAUUGAGGAAGUCAUCAAUUUCGUCAAGUAAGCAACAAAACACAACUGUAGCUGUUUAACUCAGGUUUGAUGCACAGUCCUUAAGGUUCUCGGAGAAAUGGAGAUACAAAAAUACUACAACAAAAGAUCAUGUGACAAAAGAGAAAGCUGGAAAUGCCUACAAAAUGGACCUUAAGCAUAAAUCGUUUUUUUUGGAGGUUGCAGUUUCUACUGUUAAGAAUGACAGACACCAUAUGCAUGUGCAUCAACUAAAAACAGUCUGGAGUGUCCAUAACCCCUUACUCUUCCCAAACAAUUCCACUUACAGUUUGAGACAAAGUAAGGAGUGCAGAGAGGACGGUCAUGAUGUUUCAUGAAGCACAAAUGCUCUCAGAUACACACACAACACGUCUGCAGCGCAUCUCUGUGGAUCAUCCAGUGCACUCGUGCAGCCACGGUCAGUGUAGGAAGAGAGUGACACACUUAAACUGUAGAACCCCCCCCACACACACACACACACACACACACACACACACAAAACUUUCAUUAACGUUCCUUCAAAACACAUCAAACACCCCUAGGCAAAUGUGUGUUUGUGUGUGUGAGAGAGAGAGAGAAAUUGUAAUUUAUGUUGAGAAUGAUUGUAAGUGGGUCGUUUUUCAGUCAAGGAUCACGUUCAUCACUCCUGUGCUCGGACUGCAACACACCAACUCGCCUCAGGGAGAGAAAAUAUGACCUGUGUCUAAUCUACACACACACACAUAGAUACAGAUACACACACACACACACACUGCUAAGGUCUUCUUAGGAUACCUCAAAAGUAAAAGGUGUAUUCUGGAUUUAAGGUUUUGUGUCCUGAGUCUCCUUUACACAGUUUAGGUUUGUUUCAUGGAUCCCUCUGUGGAUUAAGUGUGUAAGUAAGGGCUUCACACUCACUCUGUACUGUUAUCUCAACCCCUUUGUUUGUUUGUUUGUUUGUUGUUAUUAUACACAAACGUAAGUCAGUCAUGCUGUCUCAUCUCACCUCCCUCCACUCACUCGCUCGUCCUCUUCUCCUGUGUCUUGGUCUCUAUGUGCUUGUAAAGGCGAAAGCAAAGAAUGUUUCCAGCAAACACUUUUUUGUAACAACUUUCAACAAUAAAGUGUAAAAGUGA